AUGAAGUUUUUACGUUGUGCUAGAUGCUUACAUGAUUUUGAAUAUGAAAAUCCAUUAUAUCGUCCACUAACGUUACCUAUAUGUGGUCAUACAAUGUGUAGUCUAUGUAUUGAUACAAUAUGUAAUCAAACAAAAUGUUCACAAGAUCAAGUUUCAGUUGGAAUAAUUCAUACACCAAUUGAUCAAUUACCAACAAAUCAUUCAUUAUGA